UGUGUUGUCAUGUGACGUCAUCUUGCUGGACGACAGGCGUUGUUCUCCUCACAGAAAUCUGAACCAGGUCCGGUCCUUUAGGUCCAGUUCUCAGAAGCUCAAAAACAGACCGUUAUGAGACAGUGAUAUCACUUCAGAAAGAUAAUCACCAUGACGACGCAGCGCUAGUGCUCAGCAUCAGGACCAGCAGCAGCAUCAUCAUCAUCAUCAGCGGCGCGCAGGUGCGCUGCAUCCCUCUGAAAGGAUGGAGUUCAAGCAGCUCGUGGACACCGCGGAGAAAUGGUGCUCAGGAAACCCGUUCGACCUGAUCUUUGCCGAGGACGUGGACGAAAGACGACUGGACUUCUACGCCGAGCCCGGUAUAUCGUUCUACGUGCUCUGCCCGGACAAUCUUACCGGUGGAACCGAGAAUUUUCACGUGUGGAGCGAGAGUGAAGAUUGUCUGCCGUUCCUGCAGCUGGCACAGGACUACAUCUCCUCCUGUGGUAAAAAGACACUGCUGGAGGUGCUGGACAAAGUCUUCAGAUCCUUCAGACCUCUCCUGGGUCUUCCAGAUAUCGAUGACGACACGUUCGAUCAGUAUCAUGCAGAUGUAGAGGAAGAACAAGAGCCAGACCACCAGCAGAUGGGUGUGAGCCAGCAAUAAUGCCCAUUAGAGAGACUCCACGCUUGGGCCACAAUCCCGGAAUCAAUCCCUACUCACCUGACUCUUCUUAAACACGCCGACUGCAUCAUCUCACCCUUUAAUAUCCGGAUAGCUUUUCCUUCACUAUAAUCUUAACCCAAAGGAUCGUUUCGCUUUUUAACUCUUAGUUCUCCUGUCAUAUUUAACCAAAAAAAUCUCAUUCCAGAUGUGACAGGAAGUGACAUCACAUGGUAGCAGAUGUUUAGAAUGGAAUAGUUAGCGAUGUGCAGUACACGCUGAAUACUGACGACCACUAUUAAGAAAUAGUGCGUGAAACGGCGUGGUGUGUAUUAUGCAGCGAUACGUGUUUCAAACGCUGUGCUAUAAACUCUUCAGCAUCAUGUUGCAUGUUUAUUUAGUGAGGGAUGUCCGGUUCCAGUAGCCUAUCUUCUCAGAUAAGAAAUGCAGUUGUUUUACACAGUUAAGUGUGAAAACAUCUGACGUUUGGCAGUUUAAUGAAAAUGAAAAAAGAAAAUGUCAACUGGUAUUACUUCAGUUCAUAUUUAAGUGUAAAGUCAAGUCGAUCUCAUUAUUACAGUAUACAUAGUGUAUACUUAGAAAGUCAUACUAUUGUGUAGUACUUAAAGUUCUUGGUUGAAGUCAGUAUGCAUUUUACAGAUGUAAUUUGACAUUUUAAAAUGAAACGGGAUCUUUUCUUAUGUGGGUCGGACGUUGAUUUAUCCAUUAGUAAUUCAUUGGAUGAUGUAAUGUCGUUUGCUAGAUGAUAGAUGGUUGAAGGAGAGGAGUUGUAAAAAUAAGACUUUGUGAUUUCAUCUGAAAAAAGGCAUUUAGUAUCAUAUUUUGAUUAUAAAAAAACAAACAAUUAUUUAAACGGAAGUGCAUGUGCUUAUAAAUUAAAUCGUGCAUUAAGAAAUUGAAUAGGGUAAAUUCUUGAUUUUAUGUUGACUAUUAAUGUGUUAAUGAAUAACCCCAGAUCUCUUUAAUGAGAUUGUGCUUAUAUUUAAAUGUUUAAGUCGAUCCAAAAUGUCUGAUAUGUAACCAAAAAUCGUGCAUACAAACCCAGCAAGCAGCUGAUAGUCGUCCAAACACACUCCAGACAUCUAGGCAAAAUUUGAGCUGACAGUGAAAAUUUAAUCAGGGUUCCCAUGGGUCCUUGAAAUGCUUGAAAGUUUGUGAAUCUGGGGGAAAAAUUCAAAGCCCUGGGAAGUUUUUGAAAAUGUACAUACAUGGAUACAGGUCAUUGAAAGUGCUUGAAUCUAUUUUA